GCUGCGGGCCGCGCACGCUAUCUGCGCUCGAGCUGCCGCCACAGUGUCGUCGUCGUUGCCGGUUGAUCAAUCGAUCAACAUCCGGGCUCGCGCGGGAAGGCCCGCCCCGGCUCGCGCGUGCGCAGCAGGAACGCGCCGCCGCCGCCGCUCGGACCACGUAUCGACCCCAGCGCGAGCGUCCCAGGUCCCGUUAGUUUACGCGGUCACGAAGGACGAGCAGCCACCUACUCAGGCCCGCAGAGAAAGCCAGCCGACGCCGCUGCUGCCGCCACUGCCACCGUGCCAUGUCCGAUCUCGCCGAGCGCUCUUCCGGUUAAAACGCGCGCGCCCCAAAUAGCUAAGUGCGUCCGCAUCGCGUGCAUGAGCGGUACAGACUCAUCGUCGGGACACCUCGGCCCCUUUGACCCCUGAAGUCGCGCUAAGGCUCGCGCUCACCGGUUUCGCUAGACCGGCACCGCUCCGGCUUUCGGGCUGCUUGCAAAGGCGGCUAUCUUCUCGUGCACAGACACCCCGUGCCGCACUGUGCAAGCCUCGAGUGCGCGCGCGCUUCGCUGAAGGCCGUGCACUAGAGACUUCUCUGUCGUCUGCUCGAAAAAAAAAAAGACUUCUUUCCUUUCUCCCUACCACCUGUGAUCCCGCAACGAUGGCCGUCGCCAGCAGUACGCAAGUAUCCCUCGUAGGAGUUGUUCUCUUCACGCUGAUGUUUGUGCACAAAGGCUGGGCCAUCUACUGUUGGCGUUGCAACUCGGCCUACGACCCCAACUGCGCCGACCCGUUCAACAACAUCACCUCGGAUCUCGUCAACUGCGACAUGCGCGUCAAGGAUCACCUUCCACCGGGAACCCGGGCGCAAGUGUGCCGAAAGAUCGUCCAGAAAGUGUACAGCGACUUCCGCACCGUGCGCGACUGCGGAUGGCUCAAGGACGACAAGCAGGGCUCCGAGUGCAUGCGCCGCGCCGGCACCUUCAGCGUGCUCAUGAAGUACUGCAGCUGCGACAAGGACGGCUGCAACGGCGCCCGUCGGCCUUCGACCGCCUCCUCGUUGCUCAUGGUGGUGCCGCCGUUGCUGCUGCUGCGCCUGUUCAAGUAAAGCUGCGUCACGACGGCCCCCACCACAUGCAGCACACGCGUCCUCCACUGUGGGACAGUGCACGUGCGCCGCGAACCAGACGGCCGUUUCGUGGCGUGCCAGAGCAACACGUGCCACGACGUUGCCGUGGCAUGCCAUCAUGGCCUGGUGCGUCGCGGCGUCGUGUGGUGAGCGACGACACGUCAGCUGCCUACCCCACGGUGCGGCGGUGUCAACGGGCGAACUACUUCGCGGUCUCGAAGGCGUGCAACGCCACGCGGGAACGUGCUCUUUUCGUCUGGACCCAAACGAAGAUGUUACGGGUGGCUUCGCGGAGGCCCUGCCAACUUGGCCGGACCACGCGUGGUCAAGUGCGGGCGCGGUCUGUAAUGCGUUUUGUUGCCGGGUGUAAAUUGUCGCGAGGCUUGAGGCUGUGCAUCUUGGGGAGGUAAAAUGACACGCUGCACAUGGCGACACCACUUGUGCAAGAGAACGGGCACGGCGCUCAUCUAUAGUUGUGGACACUGUGUACACAUUACGCGGCUUGACGUUUGAGCGCCCAUUGUUCUGCUUCUGUGCGUUCCUCGAUGAUUUCUUCCGGUUUUAUUUGUUGCAUUGGUGCUGUCAUUUACCAGUGACAGCUCAAAGCAAACAAGGGAUAAAUCGGAUCAAUGCAAGCAACGAACUAGUCAGUCAGGUGUCGCCCAACUUGCAGGGAAUGCUGAGCUCAGACGCGAUGUUGUGCGAGUUGACGCACUGCUUUGAAGCAUCGUAAGCAGCACAUUAGAGGGUACCUUACAGCGGAGUCGUCGCCGCGCGAAACGAAAGCAACGUUGUCAUAGGUAGCCAAAAUCUUCAAUGUCAGAUUAGUCGCUCAGCAUAGGCUGCGCGAUGAUAUCAUUUGUGUCGGGCGCACAUGAGAAGUGACUGCAUCAAACUGUCAUGUCUCUCCCGACGCCCAAGCCGAAUCACGAAAUCACAUGGGCAUCAGGACACGACGCCGUGGUGGUACGAAAGCUCACACGAGUACUGUCAGAACGGCGUUUACCAAUGGCCGAAGGACUCGUGCCCCUAUUCUAUAACAAUUAAUACCAGCAGUAGAAAUCUUAAAGCUCAACAUCCCGGUGAAACUAAAGGUUUGCGUGCAUUAUACCAUUCUUGUUGCAGAUAUUCUAAAAUGCAUAUUUGGAUUUCAAUAGAGGCUUCAGGGCUACAUGCUAAGUCUCGCGGCUGGGACUGUCUGCACGAAGGGAACAAUCUUGCCUGAAAACUGCCGCUAUUUCUUUUUUCGGUGCUUCCGGUGUCAGACGUUAAGCUUUAGGACACUGGAAACACGUUCUUGUGCUGUGACGAUAUUGCGGUCCCGGCCUUCCCCUGUUCGGUAAGCGAACAGCCCGAAUAACCGAUGUCAGAACGAACGAAUCGUUAGUGUAGAACCACGGACUAAUGACUUGCCAGUGCUUGCAGAGAAACGAGUGUUCUUCGUCGCUUCGGUCGUCUCAGCUGGGUUGUAUUCACCUGCGAGACUACCCCAUGGUGGCAAUGAACCCUUUCUUAUGUUUAGCUGGUUACGAGUGAAGUCAUCGUUGUGGCAACUGCCACAACGCCAGCUGCACCCUUAUUUUCAACUGAGUUGUCUUUUCAGAUAAGUUCACUAUGCAUAGGUGCAGUGCUCCGUGUUGUCCCUUCCUGAUUCGUCCUGUUGACCGCAAAAUCUCUGGCGCUGCGCACGGUCGCCCUCUUGUUGAGCUCUGCCACUGUCACAUGCCGCGACACCGUUGCUGCAAGGUGCAACCUCUGCAUACAACACACUCGCUCGCUGUGGUGUAGCGAUCAAGGCUGGCUUUCCCAAAACUUCGUCUGUGGCACCAAUGCGCAGCGUGCGUUGCAAGUUAAGGUAAACAAUAUUGCUGUGUGAGCGUAGCAGUUCACAUUGAAAUGCGUUUUGUGUAGUGGAGUCACAUUUGUCAAAAGCUUUAUUGCUCGUAUGACCGUGAGCGAAGAUCUGGGAGGUGCAAGCCUUUUAAAUGUUGCAGGGUCGCUACAAAUACUCAUGGACAAGUAGUUUCGAACUUUUGAGCAAAUGGCUCGAAUGCCACACUGCCACGAAGACAAGUGAAAAGUGUUUAGGUCGUCAGGUAGCCGUCAUCGGUGAUCUUAGCGAAAGGCUUGAUAGGCUCAUUGGACUGAACUUAAACAGUGUAUUCAUCAAGUGACGCAAAGAGGAGUCUUAAUUGUUCAGAAAGUGAUACCGAGAUAUAGUUCCCUGGCUGCUUCAGUAUAUAUGUAUGCAUUCAUAUGUCUCAGGAAAGAGUAGAAAUACAGGAAGUUAAUUUUUUUCUUUAGAACUUAUGAAGUUGGCAUAAUAAUUGACAAUACUUGCAGGUAACCCAACUUGCAGUUAGUUUAAUAGACGGAACAACCUGCGUAGAAAAGGUAGGCUGGGACCCUCAGAUCUUCCGUUGCCCACGAAGCACUCGCAGCCCGCUGAUAGCACUCCAUGCUGUCAUUACUAAGCUUGUACAUAGUGUGCAUAGUUUGUGGUUAUUUGCUUUUCUCAGUGUUCAUAGAACGCAGCACGUUCCUGUGUGGCAAAGCAGCUGAUUGUAGAUGCAAAUGCAGAGAACGUACGCAAGCCGUGUUUCGCCAUUGUUCUAGCUCUGUUGGUUUCGAAGGCGACGGACUGUGUGGUCCGCGCCAGCUUUCACUUUAUGCUCACAUCGCACUAGUGCGGCUUCAAUCAUGCUUCAGCAAAUCACAAUGAUACACUACGCUUAGCGUGGAUGACGCCUGCCGCGGCCUGCUACUAGAAUCCGCGAACCCGACCCCGUGUAAACGCGGGUAUACCGCGUCGUAUCUUGUAGCAUGUGAGUCCUUCGUGUGUUCCUUUGUGGUUAGUCGCUCUCCAAUUCAAAGGAGGCAACAUGUACGCGCGUCACAUGAAGUUAUUUAAACGAUAGUCUGCGUUCCAUUUCAUCAAAAAAA